GCAUGCGCACAUGCUGCUCUGCGUUCACUUCCACAUAAACAAGAGCAGUGCAGUGGACAGCGAAACAUGGAGCAUCGCUUUGACAGGGCGGCAGCGGUGCUGUCACCGCUGGAGGAGUCCAGCGCGGAGGUGAGCAGAGACAGCGGCAUCGUGUCGCAGAGCGCCAGCAGCUUGUCUAUGGUGAGCGAGGCCCUGAGCAGCGGCACUGUGUCUCAGAGCCCGAGCUUCGGCGCUGCAGUGGCCCAGAGCCCGAGCUCAGCAGCCGGAGAAACCCAGCCGGAGCCAACACAAGACGACGAGCUCCUGAGACACACCGCCAUCACUUACUCCUCGUAUAUCAGAGCCAACGUGGAGGAAGAGGUCCUGUGCUUGGAGAAAAGCCUGGAGGAAAUGCUGACAAGAGUCGAUGAGUUUGUUGGUAUGCUUGAUAUGAUUCGAAACGACACCUCACAGGUGGUCAAUGAGAACUUACCACAGAUACAAAGAAAAUCUGAAGAGAUGAGAGGGAUUUACCGAAAAAUUGACAAAUUGGAGGCCUUUGUCAAAAUGGUUGGAGCCAAUGUCAGUGCAAUGGAGGAGCAAGUAACUCAAGUCGAAGGGGAAGUUGGGACCCUACCAGGCACCUUCAAAAAGUUCUUCCGCACAAUGGCCGUACCAGGUUUUUUAAAUAAACCUGCUAGUCCAAGAAGGCAAUCACAAAAACAUCAAGAGCUUCCCAGUGUAUUUAGGACAGAAGAUUACUUUAAACCUCAGUCUGAGCAGUAAAAGAGACUAUCGUAUUGACUUCAUGAAGUACCAAUCAAGACCAGGGUUCUCCAACAUCAGCAGUGCUGCCUGCUUUCAGAUGCAAACACCUGGGAUUGCUAACACAAACAUUUCUCGGUCACUUUAUCUGCAACUUAAUCAAUGAAUCCUGAUCGAAGCCAACUGUUAUUUUAGUAGGCAGUCUAAUGGCAGCUAGUUUUAUAACAAACAGAAGCUUUGGUUUUAAAUAACUUUUGUUUUUUUCCUGAAGUGCCUCUCCAGGAA